GAAGCACAGUCAGUGACUCUGCAGCAGCUCUCACCUUUCUACCAGCUCCACCUGUUUGUCUAGUAUAUGAUUAUUUGGAAUGAAAAGGGGUGUGCACUGCUUCUCUAGCAAGUACGGGAAUAGAAACCAGCUCAUUCACCUGAGAAACACCUGCCAGGAUCUAUCCGCAUACUUCUUACCAGUUGCUGAAGCGUCCCUAAGAUCCCGGGCAGAAUAUGGAACAAAGUAAACCAUCUGUAAAAUGGUUCAUUGAAACACAGUCACAAUGGUUCCUACAAAAUAGAAUCCCUGAAUGGUUUCAUGGCGUGAUCACAAGGAAGGAUGCAGAGAAUUUGCUAAAGGAUAAGCCACCAGGAUGUUUUCUCAUCAGAGUAAGCGAAAGCCGGAUUGGAUAUAGCUUGUCCUACAGGACAGUGGGUCACUACAGACAUUUUAUGGUUGAUAUUUUGAAGGAUCAGCAGUGUAUUAUUGCAGGUGAUACAAAAGUCCACAUGACAUUGGAGGACUUAGUAAAAUGUCAUACACAAAUUCCUUUGCAUCCAUAUGAUGAAAUUUUAACACUUCCAUGUGGUCAGAAAACAAAUACAACUACAGACUAUGCUGAAUUAUUUGAAGACAGAAAAACAUUUGCACCAUCAUUGCCGAUGCCAUCAAAGGCUUUGACCGUGUCUCUAGCAGCUACUGGAGCAACAGUGCAGCCAGCCUUUCCCCCAGUACCACCCAGGAGACGUCAAGCUUCUGUAACUAGUUCUGAAAGCACAAGUACUUCAUGUAACCUACCUCCAAAUCUGCCAGGAAAUAGACUUUAUCCAGCACUGCCGACACAACCCAUGAUGUUCAACAAUGGUGCCUGCGUGUUACCAAAUAGAACUCGGCCUAUGACAAAGUCAUACAGUUUGGAGUCUUCAAUCCCCACUGCAGCUCAUAACACAAAUUAUCAGAUAAAAAAUGAAGAGAAGCAAGAACAUGCACCAGUGAAACCAUUGAACGCUUGUCGGAAUGCGAUGACCAAAGCUGUAUCUUUGAUGACGGAAGGGGAAAUAGUUCAAGAUUUCAGGAAAAUGGAAAAUGUUAUGACAACACACUUGAGAGGUGUGAAGGAAAAUUUGGAACGCUUUGGACAAACGGGACAGAAGGAUGGAAAGCCAACAAUACCACCAAAAAGUAAAAACACUAAAUUGCCAGAGGAGUACAAGCCACCUCCCCCAUUCGCACCCGGAUUUUGUUAAAUGGAACUUGCUGAGCUGAAAAACUGACAAUGCAGCCCUGUUGUGCAGGAGACAUUUAUGAAGGAUUCAAAAAGCUGAUUGUCUGCUGCUGUAUACCGUAUGAGAUGCAGAUCAGGAAUGGCCAAAAGGCAAACAUAGGUCAUAUAUUUACAGGCUUUGAGGGGAAAAUGUGAAAUCUUAUUUAGGAAAAAUAGAGGCAAUAAUGCAAACUACUGUUGUAUUACAUCAUUUUAAAAUGUAUUUAGUUUCACAAGCUUUUACCUGUGACUAUGACCAUUCUAUAUAGGCAUUCAAGUAUUUACAAAUUCCUAAAAACAGUAAAUGAGCUUUAAGGUCAUCACUGACCUAUGAAACUGCAGACACCGUGGAUGAAUUAAUUCUUAAAGAUUACAGCAGAAGCACUGAAGUCAUUCAAGUCUUUCAGCAUUUCAAAUAAUGCCGCAUACACACGAUUGGAAAUUUCGACAAGAAAACCGUGGAUUUUUUUUUUUCAGACAGAAUUAUAGCU